GGAUAACACAAGGGAAAGGAGGAGGAUCAGCUCAGCAAGGUGCAAUUGUCCAGCCAGUACCCAAGAACCCAGUGGGAGAUGCUGCAUGAAACAGAGAAGUAAUGAAUAUACCAGCAACAUAUCAACAACAGUUCCCCUGCCGUAGUGUGAGGGUGGAUGAGCCGGUUUCCAGGCUGGAUCUAUACAUGAGUGCUGCUUUUUUGUCUGGACUAAUGUUCCUACUGCUCAUCUAAAGACAUAAUGACAAGCCAGCUAUCAGAAGAUAAUUCAGAGUCCCCCAAUCUGAACUCUGAUGAGCUUGAAUGUAAGAUCUGUUACAACCGUUACAAUCUGAGACAGAGAAAACCAAAGGUACUUGGCUGUUGCCACAGAGUGUGUGCCAAAUGCCUUUAUAAACUGGUGGACUGUGGAGAAUCCCCACAAUGUGUUAUUGUGUGCCCUUUCUGUAGAUUUGAGACCCGUAUGCCUGAGGAUGAAGUGAGCAGCCUUCCAGAUGACAAUAAUAUAUUACUGAACUUGGCAUGUGGUGGAAGGGGGAAAUGUGUUGGGGACAACCCAACGGAGCUUCUUCUGACCCCAAAACGUCUGUCAACGAUUGUCACCCCAUCCCACACCUCUACCAAUUGCCUUGUCAUUACCAUCAUGGAAGUUCAAAGGGAAAGUUCUCCUGCUUUGAACACUACUCCUAUGGUUGAGUUUUACCGGCCUUCCAAUUAUGACCCAGUUUCAAUACCUCAGAAUUGGACAGUGUGGAACUGCACUUCCCUGAUCUGCAAAACCUCAGUGCGUGUGUUUGUUUGGUUGUUAGGGUUACUUUACUUCAGCUCCUUACCCUUAGGGAUCUAUUUGCUGGUGUCAAAAAAAGUCACCCUUGGGGUUGUCUUUGUCAGCCUUGUUCCAUCCAGCCUUGUUAUUCUCAUGAUAUAUGGUUUUUGUCAGUGCAUGUGUCAUGAAUUUUUAGACUGUAUGUCAACGCCUUAGUCUUUUAACUGUAUUGCCAUCAAUUGUCUGUCUUAGGAAAAAUUUUGUAUCUUUAAUAGGCCAAAUAUUUUAUCUGUAUUUUUACUGAAUUAGAUUUGUGAUUGAUAUGUUUCUUUGCUGUGUUUCUAUAACUCCUGUCUUUUAUUUUAAAUAUAUAUAUGAAAAUAUAGUAAAAAACAAAACAAAACACACCACCCCUGUUUUAGUCAUAUGGGUGAUCUGUUAUAGAUGCAGAAAUAUUAAAAAAAACAUAUAUUA